CACGCCCUCUUAAAAUUCACCAAACCAUUUACAGACGAACACCGCGAAAAAAUGCCAGAGAAAUCAGAAAUGGCGAACAAAAACCCUAAGAAGGCCAAUCUCUUAGAUCAUCACUCCAUCAAACACGUCCUCGACGAGACCGUCCCUGAGAUUGUUGGCAGUCGCGGUUAUGUGGAAGACGUGAGAAAGAGCAAUAUUAGGUUGUUCAUGGGAUCAAUUAUCAUUGUCAUUGCGUUGGUUGCUCAAUUUUACAAAAAGAAGUUUCCAGAGAAUCGCGAUUUUUUGAUCGGAUGUAUCGCGUUGUAUGUAGUUUUCAAUGUGAUAUUGCAGCUAUUCAUACACACAAAGGAAAAGAAUGCAAUCUUGUUUACUUAUCCUCCUGAGGGUUCCUUCUCCAGCACUGGUUUGGUGGUUUCUUCCAAAUUGCCAAGAUUCUCCGAUCAGUACACACUUACCAUCGCAAGUGCAGAUCCAAAAUCAAUAUCAGCAGGGCAGCCAGUUGAGCUUACCAAAAGCGUCACUAAAUGGUUCACCAGGGAUGGAGUUUUAGUGGAGGGCGUAUUCUGGGAAGAUGUUCUAGCUCUAGUUGAUAAGUAUACAGCAGAACCAAAGAAGAAGAAGUAAUCUUAAUCUUCAGAGCUUUUGUGAAAGAUUACUGUUUAGGAAGUGAGAUCCAGGGACAUUGUCAAUUAAUGCAGAUGUUUUUCAUAAUUAAUAUGCUUGCAUUGGAAAAUUUUGAACCUAACCGAAUGAAUCAACUUUAGACUACAGUUUACACCUUUAGUCAAAAUUGCCCUUCAUGAAACCGAAGGGUUGCCAUCUUUUUAUAUCCUCAAUUGGUAUUUCGUAAAUAGCAUUAGAUAUUUUGGUGGCUGUACUCAUUUAACAGUUGUAACAGUUGCCAACCUGUUAGAUGCAAGAUUUUUCUAGCUGUUA